CAGGCGUUGUGUGUGGCGGGGCUGCUGUCGCUGCUGCCGAGGUUUGGCGUUGUGUGCGGCGGAGAGUUCGUGGCCAGGAUCCUCUGCAGAAAGCUUGAGCGGCGCUGGUUUAGCAUAGAUCCCAUUCUCACCUUCGGAUUUCCCCGCCGCCUGGGAAUGCGGCACGGUGGCCGGACGGUGGCGAUUACGGGGGUACCCGCCGGUUAGCGGCCGUAGAGGGUGUCCCGCCUCCGGCAACUUCGCUGGCUCCGCCUGACAUCCAUGGGAGUUCCCCGGGCCCGGGCUCGUCUGGCCGCCGCUCUCCGGGACCAUGUCCGCCAAAGAAACGGCAGCCUGCAGGAAGUUCCAAGCCAACGUCUUCAACCGGAGCAAGUGUCAGAACUGCUUCAAAGCCCGGCAGUCGCACCUGGCAUCCGACCAGGAUUUGAACCAGAUUGUUGUUCUUCAUGGAUGGUGCCAGAAGAAGAGGGAUAAUCAGACAACUGAUUGGAAAACUGCAAAGCCUAUCUAUGGGGGUUGGCUGCUUUUGGCUCCAGAAGGGACUGACUUUGAAAACCCAGUGCAGCGAUCAAGGAAAUGGCAGAGAAGGUUUUUUCUUCUGUACGAGCAUGGGCUACUACGUUAUGCGCUGGAUGACUCUCCCACCACUCUUCCGCAAGGUACCAUCAAUAUGAAUCUCUCUACUGAUGUUACUGAUGGAGAGAGUAAGACAUCUCAGAAGAACUCUGUGUGUAUCAUAACACCAGAAAAACAGUACUUCAUUCGUGCAGAAAGCAAAGAGACCAUCAAUGGCUGGUUUGAAACACUGAUUGUGUAUCCACACACCAAUAAACAGAAUCAAAAGAAGAAACGGAAAGUAGAACCUCUUACAUUUCAGGAACCUGGACCUGCUAAAGUUGCAGUUACCAGUAGCAGUAUACCAAGUGAUGAGAGGGUUCCUAGUACCAAGUCAACACUCUGGCAAGAAGAGUUUAAGAACAAGGAUCCACAUGUUGCCAAUACCCUGCCAAGAAGUUCUUCACAGACCCAGUCUUUUGGAUCAACAGCAAUACCUAAAGAAGCACAAGGUGUUAUUAAUGGUGACGAACUGGAUGGACAGGAGAAGAAACGUGUAGAGAGUGGCUACUUUUCUCUGGAGAAGCUGAAGCCUGACUCAAAGCAUUUAACCUCUUCACCUAGCAGCAACACCACUGACAGGUAUAGUUCCUCUGAAAGUGGCAUGGUAGUCCCUUGCCGCUCUAGCCUGUACAGAAAUUCUUUCCUUUCUACAGGUAACCUCCUCUCCAAUGGUUCUUGUAUUAGCUCUUCCCAGAGCUCUUUGGACUCCGAGACCAGUGAUGUUACAGUGAGCAUAGGAAGCUCAAACAGCAGGCUUGGGGAACAUCCAAGCCAUUCCCCAGCUAAAAGUAUGAAACAGAACUAUGCUGCGUUUGCAGUUGUUCCCAGAGCCAUAAGGAUCAGCAACAAAGAAGCCUUUCAGGUCGAUGAGCAGCAUUUGCAAACUUGCAGCCCUGGUAGAAUGGAAGUGAACCGUUUAUUUGGACGUGAAAGGAGGAAGUCACAGGUCAUUGAACUCUUUGAGUCACUGGAGAUUGAGAGAGACCAGCAAAUGGAGGCCAGAUCCUCUUCUGAGUCUAAUGUUUGCAAUGGAAGACAUCGGGGUCGAAGUGAGAAGAGAUCUUAUCCAAGGAAAAGAGAUUUGCUCUCUGAAUCAAACCAGAUCAGCUCUUCCCCAGACAUUUCUGCAGUGCCCAUUUCACAGUCUCGCAGGGCUAAGUCACUGGACAGGAGAACGAGUGAAUCAACAGUGACGCCAGACCUGCUGAAUUUUAAGAAAGGUUGGAUGACAAAACUCUCUGCAGAUGGCAAGUGGAAGAAGCAUUGGUUUGUUCUCAGUAACAAGGCUCUAAAGUAUUACCGUGAUUCUGCUGCAGAGGAGGCAGUGGAUUUAGAUGGGGAGAUUGAUUUAAGUGGCUGCGACGAUGUGACUGAAUAUGAAGUUCAGAGGAAUUAUGGAUUUCAGAUCCUUACAAAAGGGAAGGUGUACACGUUGUCUGCCAUGACGUCUGGAAUUCGCCGGAACUGGAUCCAGGCAAUAAUGAAAAAUGUUCAUCCUGCAGAUACUCCAGAUGUGACCAGAAGCUUGCCGGAAGAGAAGUUUAAAGCGAAAACUUUGUUUGAAGGUGCAUCUAGAAACGGAAGGCAGACACAACAGACCUCCAUUGAUGGAACUAGUGUAGAAGUUGAACAAAAGAAAAGUAGGGCUUUGGAACGAAGGAAAGAAGGGCGUUCAAAAACAUUUGACUGGGCAGACUUUCGCCCAGGACAACGGGAGUCCAAUGGAGGAAAUGUCCGCAGAACUACUACUCUAUUCCUCAAGACUGUGUCUAAUUCUGAAAGAGACUUCCAGAACUUGGAGCUGGACCGUGCACGACGGCGUGAGGAGAGGCGUAAGCGAUUUGAAACAACUGCUCUUGAUGAUAUGAACAGGAUGGAAGUGGAUACAUCCAUAUGCCCAGAACCUAAAAGUGUUAAUGUGGAAAUUGAAAAUCAAUGGCAGCAAGUGGAAAGUACACCACUACGAGAGGAGAAACAGAUUCCAAUUCUCAUUGUGCAGCCUUCCAAUGAUGAUAGAUCUCCUUCACAAGAUCUAACAUUAAUGCUAGAAGAGGAGUUGGAGAAGUUACAUCAGGAGGUCUCCAGAUUGCAUGAAGAAAAUAAAGAACUGCAGAGGCAGUUGAAGGCUGCACAAGAAAGAGAGCAUAGUGCAAGGGAUGGCUAUGUUCUCCAGGCAACCUGUGAACGUGGUUUCACAGCAAUGGAAGAAUCACAUCAGAAGGUGAUUGAUGAACUACAAAAGCAACACCAGCGUGAAUUGGAGAAACUAGAGCAGGAGAAAGAUCGCCUACUGGCUGAGGAAACUGCUGCCACUGUAGCUGCUAUUGAAGCCAUGAAGAACGCCCACAGAGAGGAGCUGCAGCGAGAGUUAGAGAAAACCCAUCGGUCACAGAUCAGUAGUAUGAAUGCAGAUAUAGAGGCUCUAGGCAGACAGCACAAAGAAGAAAUGGGUUCUAUCCAACGGGAGCUGCAAGUUUUGUCCGAACAAUACUCUCAUAAGUGUUUAGAAAAUGCCCAUUUGGCUCAAGCAUUGGAGGCUGAACGACAGGCACUUCAGCAGUGUCAGCGUGAGAAUCAAGAGCUGAAUGCCCACAACCAGGAACUAAAUAACCAUCUGGCUGCAGAAUUUGCACGAUUAAGAAUGUUGAUUAUUGGGGAGGAGAAGGAAGAGGGUGCUGGCUCACUCCUCUCACUGGGGAAAGAUGUCUAUGAACUUGAGGUUUUAUUGCGGGUCAAAGAAUCUGAAAUUCAGUAUCUGAAACAGGAAAUUAAUUCUCUAAAGGAUGAACUACAGUCUGCACUGAGGGACAAGAAGUAUGCUGCAGAUAAGUAUAAAGGUAUCUACACUGAGCUGAGCAUUGUUCGAGCAAAAGCUGAUUGUGAUGUCAACCGAUUAAAAGAACAACUAAAGGUUGCCACUGAAGCAAUGGGAGAGAAGACAAUAAACCAUGAUGUUACUAGCUAUGAUAUCAUGAAAUCAAAAAGUAACCCUGACUUUUUGAAGAAGGACAAGUUGAGCUCUGGCAGGUCUAUGAGGUCCCUGAGGUCAAAGUCUGUAAUAGAAUGGGUCUCAUGGGAAAGAUGAAAGAUGCAAGUAUCAAGUUUGCUAUUAUAGUCUGAAAGAAGGUCUCACGGUGCAAGAGCGGAUGAAACUGUUUGAACCCCAGGAAUAAGAAGCGAAUGCUACAUCAUUGCCUCAGGCCAUAGCUGCACCUUCACAGUAAAGAAACUGCCUCACGUUAACAAUAAUCCUACAGAGACACAUACUUGUUCUUUCCAACUUUGCACUUCAGUCCUGAAUGUGAACACCUAAUAUAUUCAAGUUCAUAAGCCUAACCUUGAAGUUGCACUUAGUGUGGUGUUGAAUAGUAAAGGCUCUUAAGUAACCUAAUUUUUUUUUUUAGUGGCUUUGUCUAUUAGGGAAGUACUUCCUGUACUAUUCUCUAUACAGAAUGAACCUGGUGUUACUGUUUUGAACCAGGUAGAAGACAGGUGGUCAAAUAAACAUUAGGUUCAGGCUAAAUCAACAGAGCUUUUCUAACUUUCUCAGGUGAUUUUUUUUCUCAUUCACUUGCCAAUAGACCAUCCAGAUCAAAGCCAUGGGAUAACUAGCUAAGUGAUGAGGCAGAUGGACAUAGAACUCAAAAAAUGCUUUUUUUUUUGUAUAAUGGUGUUGGGCAAAGGAUCAGUUCCAGUUAUAAACUAUUUCUCUUGGAUCGCACCACAACGUUCUCACUAUAAAUGGAUGUACACAAAGAUGACCUUUCAACUCCCAACAUUUCAGGUUAGCUGUACAUGGAAGUAAAGCACUGAAUGAAAAGAGCAAAGACUAAAACAGGAGAUGGUGCUAAUAAAUAGGGAAGCUCGAGAGGGUCCAGUUGUGCUUCAUAUAGCUUAAUAAAUAUGUCUCUGAGUUAACAUUUUGGGGAUUUGUUUUUAAUUCAUUCACAGUAUGUUGCCUAUAUUUUUUGUUGCUUCCUAAUUGGCUCUGAAGUUUAUCAGCUACUGCCUUGAUUGCUGCAAUCUAUGUUGUUAAGGAAUUCCCAGAGUUUUAGGUACAGAAUUUUUGUGAUUCUGACCCCACCCCCAAAAAAAAGUAUUUUCAAGUCAGCACAUUGUGCUAGUAAAGGUAUCUUGAAUUAGCAGUGUUUGCAUGUUCCUAUGUCCUGGAUUUUCUCAAGGACAAUGAUAGUGCUAAAUUAACUAACUAAAUUCAUUCCAUUACAUUUCAACAAAUUCUUGAUGAAAUGCCACCAAAUGACAGACAACGGUUACAGAUGUUUUGGAUAAAAAUAAUCAUGGAAUGGUACAAUUGUUAUUCAUCUAUGCUAAAAUUCUAUCAAGUCCCUAAUAAUAUCCCAUAGCAAUGUCUGGAGCUGAGAUUUCCCAACAACUGCAAUUGAUUUCCUUUGUAUCCAGUAUAACUGUCCAGUGAAGUAAUUUUACCAGUUCUUAAAUGAUUUAAAUGUUAAAUUUCUUUAGAAUUUUUGGAGUUAUCCUAAUCUGGUGGGUGCAUUUUAAUCUGCCAGUAUGGCACUGCAAUGUAAAUCUUUAUUCAUUUGAAAAUGGAAAAUUCAUUGUAUUGAAGGACAAUCAGCAUUUUCUCAAACCCAAUAUAGCUAAAUUGAUGAGAAAAAUGAGGUGAAAUGGAACAACUGUUGAGAAACAUUCUACAUCUGUACUGUGCUUGAUGGACUGGUAGGAGCUUAACAUAUGAUCUGUGAGUUUCCUGAUGCAGGAAUGCUUGACACCAGUGAGUCCCAAAUUAAAAGCAGUAGAUCGAGGAAAACUUGAACAUUGUCUGGGGCUGGGAUGCUUAAUUUUUUUUUACAACUGCAUUUGUUUUAUCUCCAAAUUAAAAAUAAUUAAUAUUAAAACUUGAUGAUUUGAGAUAAUUUCUUCAGAUCAAAUUCUGAAGCAUUCAGCUCUUUAAUAACUGAACAUGAGGCAUAAACCACUGACCUAUCACUAAGCUUGCACUGCAGUAGCUGAGAAAGAAACUAGUGAAACAUACACUGCAUUCAUUCCUGAUAUUGUAACUUGACUUACAUAUUUUAAACUAUUAUAGAAAAUGCUGCACAUACUAUGUUGUGCUUGUGACUUAUUUAUGGAAGCACUGCAUUUCAAUGUUCAGGUGUACUUUCUGCCCAGACACCACUGAUCUGUUGAUAUUUCCUUGUGGUCUGUGGCAGUGAACUUUGAAGGGCCACAGUCAUAAAUUGUAUUUGUAGUGAGUGAUAAAUAAAUGCACAUUGUGUUUCUUUACUUGUGGUGGUUUUUCUACAUGAGAGGCAGAGUUGAGGACUGCUAUAACUUUUAUUUCCAAGAUAUAAAAGCAUUGAACACUAAGUUCACGAGGUAAUACAAUUUAUAGAGUAUUAUCCUGUAAUUUGUAAUUGGUAACUUGUUUAUAUU